CAUCUCACCCCACGUAUUCCCACAGUGCUCCGCGACAGCUGCUAUGGAGGCCGGCAGGGCAGCCGUACUCCGGGUGAAGCGGAAGCGCAGCGCCGAACCAGCUGAGGCUCUAAUCCUCGCUUGUAAACGGCCCCGGAGCGACGCAGUCGAGUUAGAGGCCCAAAAGACGCCCCCAAAGGGCCUGGAGACAGCAGCAGAGAAUAAUGUCUUCCAGUUGGUGGCCACCGUACGCUCCCAGGAGGACCCGGUCCAGCCGCUCUUGCGAGCGGCUCUGCGCCCGUCCCAGGGCAGCCAGCGGCGCAUCCGCCGCGACCUCCGCUCCUCGCUUCGGGAGAUCCGGCAAGAGGGCCGCUACAGGGUGGUCUCUAGCCGCCGAUCCUCGAACAUUCCCUCGGAUGGCCUGGAGUCCGAGGACUUGCGGGAAAACCCAGAAGCCGACGACGGUGCAGGCUUCCAGUUGUUGGAACUGAUCCACGAAGAAGGAGACCCAGAGACCGCUGCCGCCGUCUCCUGCAAAGCAUCUGACCCAGAUGUGAUCCUCUGCAAUUCUGUAGAGUUGAUCCGGGAACGGCUAACUGUGUCUGAGGACGGACCAGGCGUCGGGCAUGGGAAGGAACAGAAGGAUGACUACGUGUAUGACAUUUACUACCUGGAGAUGGCCACUUCAGGGUGGAUUGAGAAUAUCCUCUCCGUGCAGCCCUACAGCCAGGAGUGGGAGCUGGUGAAUGACGACCAAGAACCAGAGGACAUUUAUGAGGAUGAAGAUGAUGAGAACAGUGAGAAUAAUUGGCGCAAUGAGUACCCAGAGGAGGAAAGCAGUGACGGAGAUGCAGGUUCCAGAAGCUCCGAUGAAUACAACAGCUUCAGUGACGAGGAAGGAGGCAGCAGCAGGCCACACAUGUGGAACAAAUACCCUUUGGAUGUGCAGAAGGAGUUUGGCUACGACAGCCCCCAUGACCUGGAUUCGGACUGAGGGUCCUGUGACAUCCGUGAGGUUCUACACGGGCCCCUGAGGGCUCUGACUGCAGCGUCGGCUGCUCUGGUAAUGGGUUUCAUGGGGGAACACAUGGAAGGAAAGGCAUGUCCAGCAGCAUCAUAUCCUACCAGUGAAAGCAUGUCCUGAAGGAGAGUGUCUUUUCCACUCAUAGUAGGGCCCCUUUGCCUCAAUCAUAACUGACCCUACAGUCGGGGGACAAAAGAAAAGGCCAUAAAAAUGAAGCUUCCUGGCCCAGGCAUUUCCUGCCCUCCCCCUACACUGAAGCCAGUAAGUGGAGGACAAGCUCCUGUUUUGUCAAUACCGAGGUCCAGCUUUCCCAUACCCCCAGGCCACGCGCCUGCAGUACACACCCCUCUGCUGGAGGGAGGGAAUCUGGGAGGACUAUAGAGGGUCCUGGUCGCAGCACAGACUGGGUGGACAGUAAUGGCUGUUAGGAAAGGGAGUGGGACCUGUCUGAGGUGCAAGGGGUUUUAGUUGCGGUUGUCUCCAUGUCCCUGCUUCCUGUGCCGUGACUGUAAGGACUGCUGUCUGUCUGUCUGCAGCGGCGGUGCCGGGGGGCUGGGUGUGUGUGAAUGUGAUACUCUGCAUCUAGUAAAAACUUUCAAUAUGUGAGUGUGUAAUUCCUUGAAAACCCUUUAAACCUGAAUCUGUUAGGUGUUUUCCCAUUGUGCUCCCUCUCCCACUCAAGCCCCCCACUAAAAAUAGGGGAUGUGUGAAGUGGAAGUUUCAGAAUUGGCCUUAGACAAUGUGAACUUAAGGCAAGUUAAGAAAAGGAAAGCACAUCCUGAACUUAGCUUCCCACUGACAGGUAUUUAACUACUUACAGCAGUCACCAGAAACUACCAACAGGUUUUUGGUUUUUUUUCUUAACCAGGACUUGUAUCUCUUGUAAGCAAAUUCUCUAUCCCUACCCCUUCCAACCCACAGCUGCCCUCUCACUGAGCUGGCAUUAACCUUCUAAUGUAACACUGUCCAGUGGAACUCUGCAAAGAUGACUGUGUUCUGUAUGUGUACUGUGCAGUGGGAGCCACCAGCCACAUGGGGCUGAGCACUUUUAAUGGGAUGAGUGCAACUGAGGAACUGAAAUUUUUUAUUUUAUUUAACUAGCUACAUGUGGCUGGUAGCUAACUGUACUGGACAGCACACGUCUGGGGCAAUUAAUACACAGAACCUUCUAUUCAAAGGUUCUUUGUGCCCUCUCGCCCCUGACACACUCAGUCACAUGGGAAGGGGAAUUACACAGGGAUGUGUCUCCCCACCUCUCCCAACAUUGCAUAAGCAUCUCUGCUUUCCCAUCCUGCCUUCACUCACUCUUUGUAAGUCUUUACCUACAUGAGUUCCUAGCUACACAGAGUUGUUAAACCUGGCAAAACGAUUAAAUUUCAUGUGUAUGUGUUCUCAUGUUCUACUACUGCAGCUGUAAAACCAACAGACUAUUGGUUUCCAACCCUAACUGUCCACAAAGGUACAAUUCGGUGUUGCAAAUAACAGGCAGCAACUUAAAUGUCAAAUACUAGUCAUCGUAGUCUCCUAUAGGCGCAGAAUCGGAGGAUUAGAAACCACUCUGUACGAUUGUAAUGUGCUCACUGCUGUUUAUGUAUUCAUUGAGGUUUGCCAACAUUAAACGGCUGACUUCACAAAUCGUACCCACUGCAAAAGGGAUUAGCAUACCAGGAGGACUGAGGUUGAUGAACAAAAACCUGAUGGAAAUCAAUUCCACCAUGAAGCCCGAGUGGAGAAGUCUCUGGCUUCCUUCCCACAGGGUGGUUCCUAGGAAGAGUCUGUACCCAGAGGAGAAGGGAAGAAUGCAGUCACCAUCCAGUAAUGAGAGGAGAAUAACAUGGCUCAAAAGCAAGUAUUAGGGCACCUGGAGUGUGAGGCCCUUGUUUCCCCUGGGAGCCACUAGGGAGCAGCAAGUUCCUGGAAUUAGCUGGUCAUGCACUUGAGUGGAGAAAGCUAAAGCCUGGCUCAGGGAUCAUCCAGACAAGUGCAGUAUGCUUAAAGGAUUAGCUCUGGAGGAUCCUUGGGACAGAUGCCAGCCAGCCUCACUCAGUCAGGAGUCAUGUUUACAUAAUCAACGCAAGUUACCCUCUGCACAGGGCUCCCUGUUGUCGGACGGGAAUCUGCUGCGCGUAUCCCCAACCCAGGAUAGUAGGAAUGUCCCCCAACAUUCUCACAGGUGCUUGCCCUAAAGCAAAAGCCACUGUGAGCUCACUCCCCUAAGUUGUCCUUACUGAGCAAGUAUGCCCUACCCCCUUGUCUGGGAUGGGCCAGUUCGGCAGAGUAAGCCAGUCAGAAUGGAAGAUUGCCUUGUAGUUCUUGUCUUUACCACUGGUCAAUCCCAGACCCUAAGGACAAGAAGUCCACGAGGCAUGCCAGCCAGCAGGUUCUUCUGGUCCCUUGAUGACAGUCCAAGGACAUCCCAGGGAAGCUGUACGAUCCAGUAAGGCUGUGCUGCUAGAAGGAACAUCCAUUAGGGCGAACCUGCUGCUCUGGUUUGGCCUGGGUGCCAGAGAGCAGCCUGAGCACCAGAAUCAGUUGUUUCCAGUCGUGCAGUCCACUGAGAAGCCAGACUGAGGUUGAAGCAGCUUUUCCCCCAGUCUUCACUGAUCACGGGGGAAUUACAGAAGUCUCCAUAAGUACCAAGGUCUUCCUGAGACAAGCCCCACCAGACCUCGCACCAGGAGGCAGGCGGGAGAGGAGUGCGCUAUCCUGAUGAUCCACACCAAGGCGGCUCAGUGUAAACAAAGCCUGGUGUUGGGAACAGAAGAGGAGGAUGCAGCCUGGUGUGAGGUUUUCCGA